AUUACACGGCUCGAUUCGUCUGGGAAUCUUACCCAAGUUAGCCCACACACCCCAAGAAGUAGGAAGAGAGGAGGAGGAGAGGGUGUGAUCCAAAAGCAGCAGUGGCAGCAGCCACCACUUUGCACAAAAGAAGCAAAGUAAAUGGAUGGCCAUCGCCGUUGAGGAAGGGUUGGUGGCCAUCUAGAGAGAGAGAGAGAAACUAGAGAGAGAGAGGGGUGAGCAGCUGAGCUCUGCAUCUAUAUACAGCACUGCAUCUCUCUCUAUUUCUCUCUCUAUAUAUAUCUCUAUCUACAGUGGAUUUUCUCUCUCCUCUCUCUCUCUUGCCGUUGCUGUUCGAUACUGUUGUUGUCCUCUCGUGGCCAUUAUUAGAUGGCCUCCUGCUGCUGAAAUGUGAGUGAGAGCUUUGCUUUGCUUGCUUGCUGGCUGGCUGGCUGGCUAGCUGGGGGUUGGCUUCCCCUCAUCCUCGUGCAUCAUCCACUGUGCUCGGCUCAGCUGUCUGCCCUGUUCUUGCUUUGGUGGUUGGACGGUUAGCAUCUUCCUCCUCAAGCUGAGAUCCUUCUUGACGCCAUUGGAGGGGUCGCUGUCGCCUGCGUCCUUGAGCCUCCCUGCUUUUCUUUUUCUCUCUCUCUCUCCUCGGCGAGGGAGACGACGACGACGGUGGCGGCGGCGAUGCUGAGCUUCAAGCAGAGCCACGAGGGGUUCGGCCAUGUCGCCGCCGCUGGAGCUGGACCGCAGCAGCAGCAGCAGCCGUGGUGGGCGGGGUCGCAGCUGCUGUACGGGGAGGCGUCGCCGGAGGAGGCGGCGCUGCGCGACGGCGGCCAGUUCCAGGUCGUGCCCGGAGGCCGCGCCGCGCUGGAUCCGGCGGCGCCGGAGCCGGAGAAGACGGCGGUGCCGGCGAUGCCCAAGAGAGGAGGAGGAGGAGGGGCUCCUGAGGUGCUGAAAUUCUCGGUGUUUUCAGGUAAUUUGGAGCCGGGAGAUACAGGAGAGAAGAACAGAGAGCACUCUGCCACUAUUGCAAUGCAAUCGCCGUUGCCAGAAUACAACGGCCAUUUCGAGCUUGGUCUUGGUCAAUCCAUGGUCUCUCCCAAUUAUCCUUGUAUUGACCAAUGCUAUGGUCUUAUGACCACCUACGCGAUGAAAUCAAUGAGUGGCGGGCGAAUGCUACUGCCGCUGAACGCGCCAGCCGAUGCGCCGAUCUAUGUCAACGCGAAGCAGUACGAAGGCAUCCUCCGCCGUCGCCGUGCCCGCGCCAAGGCCCAGAGGGAGAACAGGCUGGUCAAAGGCAGGAAGCGCAUAUACUGCUGCUCGUUGAUGGUGCAGCCCUACCUCCACGAGUCGCGCCACCGCCACGCCAUGCGCCGGGCCAGAGGCUCCGGCGGCCGCUUCCUCAACACCAAGAAAGAAGCCACCGCCGCCGGAUGCGGCGGCAGCAGCAAGACGCCCCUCGCGUCCCUCGUCAGCCCCGCCGACGUAGCCCAUCGUCCAGGCUCCGGCGGCCGCGCGUCCAGCCUCUCCGGCUCCGACGUGUCGUCGCCGGGAGGCGUCAUGUACGACCACCACCGCCACGACGACGCCGACGCGGCGGACCACUACAACAGCAUCGACCACCACCUCCGCACGCCGUUCUUCACCCCGCUCCCGAUCAUCAUGGACAGCGGCGGCGGCGGCGGCGACCACGCCUCACACUCCGCCGCCGCCGUCGCCGCCCCCUUCAGGUGGGCGACGGCGGCCGGCGACGGCUGCUGCGAGCUCCUCAAGGCGUGACAGCCUUGAGGCGGGGAUCUCCAGGCGUGCCCAGAGCUGCUGCUGAUCGAUCACCAUCAGCUUUGGCUGCCUGUAGGCAAAUCAUUCUUGGCUCUUUACUUGCAUUGGGGUUCUUGCAAGCAACUCUCCUCGUCACCUACCAAAACUGUCCCUGAAACUUCUCUAGUGCUGGGGUCUCGAUCAGGGAUGAUGAUGUGAUGGAGGAGAGGCUUACCCAUAUGCCUGUAAAUUAUGGUUAGUGUUCUGAUUAAGCAACUAGUAGUACUUGGUAAUUACUGGCUAUGAAUUAGUAGUAUGGACUCUGGUGUCAGGUUGCUCUUUGUCUGAAUAAACUGGAGUCGUUUGAAGCUUUGCAACAGCUGUGAGUGAAACUAUGUGCUUGCUUGCUUGCUUGUUGUUGGAGUGAUUAAGCUGGAGUUUUGUCUGGUUUGGGUGUGUGAGACCAGUGAGAUACUGUGACUGUCGAUAUCAAUGUUGAUGAAUGAUUUAUGACCUUGUUUAUGCUA